AUGCAUGGAUUCUUAUAUGGCAUACUAGUAAUUCUUUCCACACAUACCCCAGAAAUAUUUACUUUCUCCGGACAAAAAUGUAGUCUAAAUAAUCUCAUCCAAUCAAAAUCCAAUUGGAAUAAUUGUAGAAGUAUUAGUUUGGACACUCUAACGAUCAAUGCAUCAUUUUCCACAACCCUUACGGAUGGUGUAAAUAAGAAUGACAUUAAAUAUAUUCUUAUACCACCUCCAAAUCCUGAUGGAGAUUUACACCUAGGCAAUGCGUACGAUUUGGUUAUAUCCGAUGCCCUUAUCCGUGCCAAAUCGUUGCAAGGUGUUACUGUUGUUCCGCUUUUUGGCAGUGAUUCAGGGGGUAGCAAGCUCAGAUCACAGGCCACGUCUCUUCUUAGAUCAAACACUGCAGAUACAGUCUCAAAACUCCCCUCAUUGGAAGAUAUCAAUAAACUAUCUAACAAAUGGCGCUACAGACAAUUACAAACUAUGCAAAAACUUUCCAUCUCAUGGGCCAACCAAUUUACCAAUAUAAAUUCGGUUGCAUCUCAAAAGCAGCCAAUUGAACAGGGCGAAGAGGAUAGAUUGAGUGGUUUAAUUACGACUUGUGAUAAAGAAAUGGGUAAAGUGGCUAAUUCUGUAUUUCAGCAACUGAUAAAGCACAGUCAAGUAUACAAAUCUGAAAUGCCCUGUUUCUGCUUCAUGGACCAAGACAGACUCUAUCCCCUGCAUCAAGAUAUGCUACACGAUCAACCAACACCAUCACAGCUAUAUACUUUAGAAAUUUCAACCACUAAUAAAACGCCUGAAGGUGGCUUGGUAUUACCAAUAGACAUAUUUGAAGUUGAAAUGAUCUUUGCGUACACAGCAAUACUGGUGCCCAAUGAUUUAUAUAUCCCAAUCAAAAGUGUCAAAUUGCCAUUAUUAGACAGGGAUAUACCAGUAAUAAAGGGGUUCAUUCAGGAUCCCUUGGAGCCAUUUAAAAUCAAAGGGUUGGUCCCUAAUCAUAGGCAAAAACAUCAUUAUUUUGCGAGGAGACAUGGCAUUUCUGGAGUUAGCGUGAUUGAUGAGCACAGGAGAAUGGUUAAUGUACCAGAAUGGCUUAUAGGCGUUGAUAGGUUUGAAGCCAGGAAAAUUGUGGCCCAAAGGUUGAUCGACAUGGGAAUUUUACGUAAAAAGCGAAUAAUUAACAGAAUGAUCAGUAUAGAUUUGAACGGUGAAGAAGCAACUUUUUUAAUGAUACCACAGUGGUUUUUUAAAAACGAUUCGGGUGACGAUUGGCCAGUGACGCGUUCUUGUUAUUACGGUCAUAAAGUCUCCGAUUAUGAUAAUGCACAGAAUAAGUAUGAUGGAUUUGCAUCAAAAUCGCACAGUUUUGGGGGUGUUAGCACCACUUGUGUUAUAUAUGAUAAUUUGAUCAGCAAUAGAGUAUUCGAUGUCUGGUACGUUUCUGGACUAUGGCCCCUGUACAUUUACAACAAAAUUGCCAAAUUGAAUUCGACAGACAAACUGAAUUCUGCAGAUUUUGACAGGGUUAAAAUUGACUACUUGUGCUGUGGUCGAGACAUAGCCGAUAUGUGGGUGUCUAAGAUGAUAUCACUGGCAAGGGUUAUUAAGGGAGGGGACAUAUUUGUAAACGUACACUACCAUGGGCUCAUAAUGGCAAAACAUGCCAGUAUAGGCAAGAUAGGCAAAAUGAGUAAGAGUUGUGGAGAUACCGUGAAAGUGGACGAGUUUAUCGAUAAAUUUGGCCCUGAUGCCACUCGUAUCUACUUACUGUCACUGAUGGAUGGAGGAGGUAAUGACAUACCACCAAUUGCCAUAGAGGACGACGAAUUUUCCCUUAUCCACAAUAGGCUACGUGUCAAGGCGAUCAAUAUUUCCAAUUACCUAUUCAAGCAUUACAAAACUCAUGCAUCCUAUGAGUGUAAAUUGUCCAAAUUAUUUGACCGUGCAGCUGAUGAGAUAUUUCAUUUACUGGGAGUUUGCUGCGAGAAAUGGGAUUUUUCCACACCAUUGUUUGAGCUUGAGAGAUCGAUAAUAUUAUUUUCGAGGUACAUAAUCCCUUUUGGUGUUAAUGUCGCCCAGCAAUCCAAUGCUUUCCUUAAAUUGGUUAAAUUACUAUCGGUGUAUAUGCCAGCAACCAGCUCUCAAAUAAUCAGCAAACUCUCUUCACUUCUAGAUCGUAACAGUGUAAUUGAAUUUGGGGAUAGCCCUCGUGGAGACUAUCUAGGCAUUUUUAAAUGUGUCGAGGAUAUACGAUCUCACUUACAAAAGCGAGGAAAUCACACAGAUUCAAAUAAAGAUUGUAUUUGCACAGUAACUUUAGACAGUCCCAUGUUUGAUAUUAUGCAGGAUGUUAGUGAUGUUUGGGAGCAUAUUUUUGAGCGCAAAAAUACGCGCUACAAGUCAUUUUGUCUUAAUUUUAGACAGGCUGAAACCGGAUCUCCCUAUCGCAUAAAUUACAAAUUCGAAUAA